AUGUGUAUACUGUGUGUGAUUCAGAAGUGGUCUCGCCGGGUUGCUACGAUGCUACCUUGGUUGGUUAUUCCGUUAAUUGGUUUAUGGGCACUUUCUCAGCUUCUGCCACCUGCUUUCCGCUUUGAGAUUACUUCGCCUCGUCUGGCUUGUGUUUUUGUAUUGUUGAUUACUCUCUUUUGGUACGAGAUUUUGAUGCCUUGGUUGUCGGCUUGGCGCGUGCGGAGGAAUGCACGGAUUAGGGAGAGAAAGAGGUUUGAGGCUAUAGAGAUGCAGAAGUUGAGGAAGACAGCUACGAGGCGGUGCCGCAACUGCUUAAGUCCCUAUAGGGAUCAGAACCCUGGUGGGGGUCGGUUUAUGUGUUUUAACUGUGGUCAUGUUUCCAAGAGACCUGUUCUAGAUUUGCCUGUACCGCCGGGGUUAGGAAUUUCCAAUUCCAGUAUAGUUAAGGAUUUGGUUGGAAAAGGUGGCAAGAUAUUAAAUAGCAAGGCAUGGUCUGAAAAUGGAUGGAUGUGUGGCCAGGACUGGUUGGAGAAUGGCAAUUGGGUUGGUGGGUCUAGUCCACGUAAUCCUAGCAACUGGAGGACGAGUGAGAAUACUAGUCUUUUUGGUGGAGAUGAGCAUUGUUUGACGGAGAGGUCAUAUUGUGGUCUUUUAUUUUUGGUCUGCAAGCUUUUGACUUCGUUUUUCAAGAGCAUUAGAUGGCUCUGGAGAAAGGCUUUUAGAGUUAGUUCAAGUGAAGAAUGUUCGUCUGAUGCUGAACAUAGGGCAUUCUUAUCAAAAAGGGGUGAAAAUGGGGCAAGCCUCAGUGAAAGUAGAGGGGAAAAAGCGCGGAGGAAAGCUGAGGAGAAAAGGCAGGCUAGGCUAGAGAAAGAACUUUUGGAGGAGGAAGAGAGAAAACAGAGGGAGGAGGUUGCAAGGUUAGUGGAGGAGCGUAGGAAACUGAGAGAUGAGAAAGUGGAAGCUGAAAAAGAUCACAGCAGAUCAUCAAAUCCCAGUAAGGAGAAAGACCGCAGGAAGGAAGCUGAAAGGAAGCGUCAGGAAAAAAAAAGAGAGAAAGACAAGGGGUCCAGUAAGAGCAACUCUGAUGCUGAAGAGUUGGAAAGAAGAGCUGGCAAGGAAAGUGAGCGGAAGCGGGACUACGACAAAAAGAGUGAAACGGAUCGCAGAGAGCUUCAGAAAGCUGGUUUAGAGAAUGGCAAGGGACAGAGUACCGACAAUGCACAUAGUAAAAAUGCCCCUGCAAACAAUUAUAACCGAGGAGGUACUGGAACAAGGUAUCUUGACCGCAUGCGGGGCACAAUUUUGUCCUCUUCAAAAGCAUUUGGCUUCAGUAGGGGCAAUAAUGUUCCAAGCACUGUGGUGAAAGAAAACAAGAGUUCUGUGGAUCAUGUUCAUAGUGCUGCCAGCAGAAAAGAAGUUUGUCCUCCUGAGCGUCCAGCUGCAAAAUCCAAUUUAAAUGGAGAUGAUAAGAAUAUCACUCACUCUGUACUCCCUGAACCACAGCCAUGGACUGCUGCACCCAAAAAAUCAUGGCAGCAAUUAUUUACUCGAUCUUCAUCUGUUUCCCAAUCUUCGAAUUCAAAUGUAAUAUGCAGACCAAAUUCCAAAAUUCAAGCAGAGAGCAAAAGCCCUCAGUUUUCUGCCCAGUCACCAGUUACACAAACAUUUACUAAUCCUAUUCAGUUCGGUCUUCCAUCACCAUUUAAUAUUUCUACCCAUGCAAGUGUACCAACCAGUAGUAGUCUAGGUUUUUCUCCUGCAAUUGAACCAUUGUUUUCUCCAGUUCGAAAUACAUCACAUGACUUUCGACAAGAUGAGCAAGAGCUUUUUGAAGACCCCUGUUAUGUUCUAGAUCCAGUGUCCUUGCUUGGGCCUGUUUCUGAGUCGCUUGAUAAUUUUCAGUUGGACUUGGGAACUGGCUUUGGGACAGAGAAUGAAGUAACAAAACCCCAGUCUUUGAAAAACAUAUCUGCCGGUCCUGAUGUUAAUAAGCCAUCUCCAAUUGAGUCCCCAUCAUCCCGGGAAAAGCAUGGCUGUUCUAAUUGGUUUCCCGGUACCCCCAAGGGCGGCCAAGACAGGCAUGGUUUCCCUCUCGAUAAUGCAGCCACAAAUGACAAGGGAACAUGGCAGAUGUGGAGUUCUUCCCCUCUUGUUCAAGAUGGUUUAGGUUUAGCAGGUGGUCCUGGAAGCUGGAUGUUAUCCUCCCAAAGGAACAUACCCAACAAGGAUGAUUUUAUGGUUUCAUCAUCUCAGAAUACUAUGGCUUCUUUUUUAAACAAAGGAGAUAACAUAAUAUCCAGUACCCAUUCUCCACAAAAUGUGUUUCUUCCUGAUGGCCAAAGUGGUGAGAACUUUAGCCCUGUUACAGGUUCGACUGGAUAUGAUCCUUGGUUACAAAGUGCUCUCUUCCCACCAUUGGCAGGUGGCCCUUUAGCUCAGGAGGGAGCCGCUCAAAAUGAUAUAAUAUAUGGUAGCCCAAGUGAAUCUGCUAGUAACCAUGUGCUUGAUGGUUCUCCGGCUAACUGUUGGUCCAAAAAGGAAUGGCCUGUACAUGGUUCUGUGGAAAGCGUAGGGAAGUCAGCUGUUUCAAGGCCCUAUAGUGGAGGUCUACAGCCAACCUCAGAUGUACAGUCGUUUUGGUCAUUUGAUUAA